UCGGAAGCGAGCCGCCAAAUCUGUCCCCGCGCAGCCGCCGCCGCCGCCGGGCGCCGAGCCGAGCGGCCGCCCUCCCUGAGGCGCGCCUGCGCACGUUCCCACGCACGCUCCGGCGUACGGCGGCGGCCAGGGGUCGCGAGCCGGUGGAGCACCCGCGCGCGGAGGAGCCCGGGGAGUCAACGCUUCUUUUCCCUCCCUCCCCCCCAUUCCCCUCCCCGCUCCCUCCCCCCCCUCCCCGAGAAUGUUCCGCUACGAGUCUUUGGAGGAUUGCCCUCUGGAUGAAGAUGAAGAUGCUUUUCAGGGCCUGGGAGAAGAAGAUGAAGAGAUUGAUCAGUUCAAUGAUGAUACAUUUGGGUCAGGUGCAGUUGAUGAUGAUUGGCAAGAAGCACAUGAGCGCCUGGCCGAAUUGGAAGAGAAGCUACCAGUGGCAGUUAAUGAACAAACAGGCAAUGGAGAAAGAGAUGAGAUGGAUUUGUUGGGUGACCAUGAGGAGAAUCUAGCAGAAAGACUUAGUAAAAUGGUGAUUGAAAAUGAAUUGGAAGAUCCAGCUAUCAUGAGAGCAGUACAGACCAGGCCAGUUUUGCAACCCCAACCAGGAAGCCUCAAUUCUAGCAUCUGGGAUGGAUCUGAAGUUCUGAGGCGAAUUAGAGGACCACUGCUUUCUCAGGAAAUGCCUACAGUGUCUGUAUUAGAAUAUGCCUUGCCUCAGAGGCCACCGCAAGGCCCAGAAGAUGAUCGGGAUCUUUCUGAGCGUGCUCUACCAAGGCGAUCAACUUCACCUAUUAUUGGCAGUCCUCCUGUUAGAGCUGUCCCCAUAGGCACCCCGCCUAAGCAGAUGGCUGUACCCAGCUUCAACCAGCAGAUUCUGUGUCCGAAGCCUGUCCAUGUUCGGCCCCCAAUGCCACCUCGUUACCCUACUCCCUAUAAUGAGAGGAUGUCUCCAAACCAGCUCUGCACUGUCCCGAACUCUUCCCUCCUGGGUCACCCUUUCCCUCCUAGUGUUCCUCCUGUCCUCAGCCCCCUCCAGAGAGCACAACUUCUUGGAGGAGCACAGCUACAGCCUGGACGGAUGUCUCCCAGCCAGUUUGCACGGGUCCCUGGAUUUGUUGGUAGCCCACUUGCUGCCAUGAAUUCCAAGUUGCUACAAGGGCGAGUUGGGCAGAUGCUUCCCCCAGCACCAGGCUUCCGUGCCUUCUUCGGUGCUCCAGCCCCUGCUACCCCACCUCCACAGCCGCACCCCCCUGGCCCAGGACCUCAUCUCCAAAACCUCAGAUCUCAGGCCCCAAUGUUUAGACCAGACACCACUCACCUUCAUCCCCAACAUCGCAGACUCUUGCAUCAGAGACAGCAGCAGAACAGAAAUCAGCAUCGGAAUCUCAAUGGUGCAGGAGACAGAGGAAGUCAUCGGAACAGUCAUCAGGAUCAUCUCCGGAAGGAUCCUUAUGCCAAUCUCAUGUUGCAGCGAGAAAAGGAUUGGGUCUCUAAAAUCCAGAUGAUGCAACUGCAAAGCACUGAUCCCUACCUUGAUGAUUAUUAUUACCAGAAUUACUUUGAAAAACUGGAGAAACUGUCAGCUGCUGAAGAAAUGCAGGGUGAUGGCCCUAAAAAAGAGCGCACCAAGCUCAUUACCCCUCAGGUGGCCAAACUAGAACACGCCUACAAGCCAGUGCAAUUUGAGGGCUCUUUGGGAAAACUUACUGUCUCUAGUGUGAAUAAUCCUCGAAAAAUGAUUGACGCUGUUGUGACAUCUCGAAGUGAAGAUGAUGAAACAAAAGAAAAACAGGUUCGGGACAAGAGGCGGAAAACCCUUGUCAUAAUUGAGAAAACGUAUAGUUUACUCCUUGACGUGGAGGAUUAUGAAAGGCGUUAUCUCCUAAGUCUAGAAGAAGAGCGACCUGCCUUGAUAGAUGAGAGAAAGCACAAAAUCUGUAGCAUGUAUGACAACUUAAGGGGGAAAUUACCUGGACAAGAUAGGCCAAGUGAUGAACACUUUGUACAGAUCAUGUGUAUCCGAAAAGGGAAGAGAAUGGUUGCCCGCAUUCUUCCUUUCCUCUCCACAGAACAAGCAGCUGACAUUCUCAUGACAACAGCCAGAAAUCUCCCUUUUCUUAUCAAGAAGGAUGCACAAGAUGAGGUGCUGCCAUGCUUAUUGAGUCCCUUCUCUCUCCUCCUGUAUCAUCUUCCGUCAGUGACUGUCACCAGCCUUCUGCAACAGCUGAUGAACCUACCUCAGAGUGCAGCUGCACCAGCACCUUCCAAUCCUCACCUCGCUGCUGUGCUCCAGAACAAGUUUGGCCUGUCACUGCUCCUUGUCAUCCUGAGCCGUGGGGAAGACCUACAGAGUUCAGAACCUGCUCCAGAAUUAACGCAAAACAACCAAUGGACGGAGGUAAUGUUCAUGGCUACCCGAGAACUUCUGCGGAUCCCACAAGCAGCCCUGGCCAAGCCCAUCUCCAUACCCACAAACCUAGUAUCACUCUUUUCUCGCUAUGUCGACCGUCAGAAACUGAACUUGCUGGAGACAAAACUGCAGCUAGUUCAGGGGAUCCGAUAAAGAGACCUUCAGAUGUGUCCCGUACCUCCUUUUGGCUGUCACCUGCACUGCUGCCAUCACCAGUGGAGUGUUUUGAAUGCGGGAGGGAAGGCCGCUGACUCCCCAGAGCGUCUCAUGGGCCUGCUGC